AUGACAAAGAUUCUCGACUUUUUGGUGCGAAUCGAUGUUAUUAGUGUACCACAAAAGUUAGACAUCAUUCAGCAGUUGGCCUUUCCGACGCUUGCUGCAAUGCCGUCAGCUAAUGAUAGCGCUAGUAAUAAAUUGAAUUCGAUUAAUGCAAAAGUGCCAACAACUCCAAAAGAUUGGAGUAUUGCGGCACGUUGUGCGAAUGCAAAAAAUCCUCUAACGAAACGUUUAUUGGACAUUAUGAAUAAGAAGAAGACUGGUUUGUGNGCUUCAAAUGCAAACGACUUCAUAAUUUUCGAAGAUCGGAAAUUGGCAGAUACAGGGAAUACAGUUGAAUUGCAAGUCACAAAAGGUCUUUACAAUAUUGCUUCAUGGGCACAUAUCGUUACUGUGCAUGCAUUGCCUGGACAACCGAUUCUGACAGCGAUUAGAAAAGUGAUCCAACGAGAUGUAACGAAAAUGGGUAGUUGUUUGUUAAUCGCUGAAUUGAGCACACAGGGAGCGUUGACAAACUUGAAGGAAUAUCGUGACGGCGUCAUCCAAUUGGCAAAAGUGAAUCGUGAUGUGGUUUCGGGUUUCAUUUGUCAAAAUCGUUGCUUGGAUGAUCCGUCGUUUGUAUACUGGACACCGGGUGUGAAUUUGGACGCAGCCACGGAUGGUGCUGGACAACAAUGGCGAUCGGUGGAGAAGGCGAUCUGCGAGCAAGGAAAUGACAUUAUUAUCGUGGGACGUGCUAUCACGGAUGCUGCUGAUAUACACACACAAAUGAGGAGAUACCGUGACGCUUCGUGGGAGGCGAUUCUGAAUAGAACUCACUGA